GUCACGACCUUACACUGAGAGCUGGAGCUGAGUUGUAAGCGCGAGCUCAGACGGAGGCGCGCCGAGGAAACAGGUACAGCUAUGGUGCACUCUGCUGCUUUCUGAGGGGGAAAAAAAUAACCCAGUUUUAUUCUCACUAAGGAGUUUUCCAUCUCCUCAGCGACGUAAACAAGCCGGCGGACAUUUUGGAGAGUUUUGAAUUCACUUCGGGGUUACAAUAUGUCCUCCGCAGCGGUCGCUGCCUCCAGAAGGCAGUCCUGCUAUUUAUGCGAUUUGCCCCGCAUGCCGUGGGCGAUGAUUUGGGAUUUUACAGAACCCGUCUGCCGUGGAUGUGUUAACUACGAAGGUGCCGACCGGAUUGAAUUUGUUAUCGAGACUGCCAGACAGCUAAAGAGAGCACACGGUUUUCAGGAGGGCCGCUCUCCAGGCCCGGGGAAGCCCCAGCACACCGGGAAAGAGAUAAAUCACUCGGUUGGAGAUCCGGGCUCCCGUCCACCGCAGUCUCUGGAUCGUUACCCGCUGUCAGACCGGCCGCCCCGGCUGGGACCGGAGUACCAGGCAGGCAGGCAGCCGAACGGCCUCCCUAUGGCAAACGGAUUUCCAAAACCCGACGAGCCCCCUGAGCUAAACCGCCAAAGCCCCAACCCCCGCAGGACUAACACGGUUCCCCCCAACUUGGUCCCUUUGGUGAACGGCGGGAUACCGGCCAUACAUCCGCUCAGCAGCCGACCGGCGCAGAUAGGUCUGCCCGGCGCUCUGACCGCGCCUGUCUCCGGGGAACACGGCAAGCGUCCGGAGGAGCUGAAAGACAAACACCGGCCAGACAGCAUGUCGGACAUGUCGGACAGCCAUAAGGACUGGAUAAACAAAGGCAAAACUGUCAGGGACCUUAUGUUGCACACGUUCGACGGCAGGUUAAAGAAGGACCACACCGCCAUGCAGCGGGUCAUGGCAUAUGAGAUGAGUGCCACUUCCUCAAAAACAGACAGGGGAAAGCACCCUAGGCCAGGGAAGAGGAAGGCCUCCCCAGAGCCAGAUGGUGAGAACAGCGCCCCCAAGAUGAAUGGCAGUGAGGGCCAGCCAUGGCUCCCCUCGCCCUCUGAGGUCCUGAAGAUGCCCCCCGCUGCUUUGCCAGGCUUCUCUGCUGCUCCCCCAUCCACCAUCUCCCCCCACUCCCGCACCACUCCACCUGAGGGUGCAACAGCGCAGAAUGGCCAGUCCCCCAUGACUGCACUCAUCCUCGCCACUGACAAUGCAGGCAGCACAGGCUCACCUAAGGACGGCAGCCAGGUACACUCCACCAUGGCAGGGGCACGAAGGAACAGUGGCAGCCCCCUGUCACCCUCACAAAGGAGGCUGGCCCCUGUGAGCGCCAACCCUUCUGCUCCACAUGGUUCCAGUGGUAUGGACUCCCAUGCGCAGGCCCCCCCACAGAACAUUCCGGACUCCUCCGUGGCACCGGGCAGCGUGCCACUGUGCUGCACUCUGUGCCAUGAGCGACUAGAGGACACUCAUUUUGUCCAGUGCCCGUCGGUGCCGUCCCACAAGUUCUGCUUCCCCUGCUCCCGGGAGAGCAUCAAACAGCAGGGCGCCACUGGUGAGGUUUACUGUCCCAGUGGUGAGCGUUGCCCGCUGGUCGGCUCCAAUGUACCCUGGGCCUUCAUGCAGGGGGAAAUAGCCACCAUCUUGGCUGGAGACAUAAAGGUAAAAAAGGAGAGGGACCCUUAAAGUUUUGCAGCUUAUGAACUUUUUUCCUCUUGUAACCCAAGUACGGCAGCAACAGCAGGACAUAAAGUAACACAGACAACACUGCAGACAGAAGCCCCCAGAGGAGCUGGUGGACGUGUACAUAGUGAAUACAAGGAAAGUGUAUACUUCAUGAACAUGGCUGUAAAGUUUUUGACUUUUUUGUUCAAUACAUCGUUUCUAUAUUUUUGAAGACAAAUGGUGUGUAUCCCAAUAAGACCUUUCCCCACGUGUUUCUUUUCAGUCUGUUGUUGUACUUUAGGUCUGCAGACAGUUCCUGUCAAGCAUAGAAUGUGACUAAUUUGAGCACUUGGAAAAAAACAUUAAUAAAUAAAACAAAAUGCUUCUAGCUGUACAUGUAUGCACUUGUUUCAAAAGAAAAAAGAAAAAACUUGCCAAAUACAGUUUCAGACCUUGUAAUAAUACCCCCAGUGUCUCUGUGGUUUGCUUAUUUUCCAUAACCCAGGAGUUGGUUGAAGAGUCAUGGCCUGAUUGUGAAUCAGCCAUGAUGCAAUUCCUCCCAGCAGGAACAAACUGGCUUCCAGGGAACAGUGGGUGGAAGGAAAAAAGUCAAGGAGAGAGGCAGAGAGAGAGAUGGAUGAGCUGGAAGAAAGGAGAGGGGGAGGAAGGCCACAGUAGAAGUGUGUUGCAUAAAUGCUGUGUACUGUAAAUCACACGUGGGCGGGCCAAGGCUGCUCGAUGCAGAAGCCUCGUGCGAGUGCAAUGAGAGAUAAGGAGGGCCUAAAAAUAGUCACCAUGGCUUCAAAGUGACAGCUGCUCAGGCGUUUGUUGAUGUCAAAACAGCUUCCUCGUAUGUUCUCUGCAUCAGUGUGUUUGGGCCCUUCAUCUGUGUUGACAUGUCUGGAUCUGGAGGGUUUUUCCCCCUUCUCUCUCAUGUUGCUCACUAACACUCCCUCAUGGACCCAAAUCAAUCUGACAUCUCGUCACAUCUUGGCAGCUGAUCGGGACUGUUGCUGACUGAACACACGCCCUGAUUCCAGUGAAAGCACAGUGGAGAUGUGAGAUCAUGAGCAGCGGGGGCCCACUGGGACUGUUAGCACAGGAGCUGAGCGAUCAGCCCAUUGCUGACCCCCCCCAAAUGUUAUGCCAUCUGUCACAUUGUCAGAAUGACAGGGAUACCUCAGGGCUCUGUUUUCUGAUUCAAACAGGCUUCAUUCUCCACAACAAAGCUGCUUCAUCAGACAAAAUGGCUUCUGUCAUAGUGGGUUUGGAUGAGGAUUACCCCCCCGCCACCCCCCGCUCUCACUCGCCUGUCAGGCAACAUUUAUUUUGCUUAUUUGCUUUGUUUCAGUUUCAGAGUUAAAAUUGUACAUCAAACUGUCACCUGUGGAUAUUCUCUCACUGUCACAUUCGACUGCCUUUGACUUUAAGAAGAAAAAUAAGAGGAGCAGGAGUAAGGAGGGGGCCCCUCCCUCAGAGUAAGGGGGUGGGGGUAAAUGCCUUGCUCAGGGGUCACGUGCUCCUUAGUGGAAUUCCUGAGUCACUGUCCGCCUUCCCUCCUUCCUCUUCUAAUGUCUCCUCCCCCCUCUCUGCUGCAGUAACAUGCCUUCCACUGUUCAAGGCUGCUGAUCACACAGACAGUGGAUGAAUGGGGGCCUGUAUGUGUUUAUGCCAGGGCCCAGUGGCUUUCAGCUGCCAUCCACUGAGGGAAAAAAUUAACCCUUUCCUGGCUCUGUUCCUCCACAGACUGUGUGUGUGGUGGGGUUAACACAUUUCCUGCAACAGAUUUAAAGUAAUUGUUUUCUGGUGGAGUCAUAGCUGGACUGGGGAGCUGGAGGGAGGUAAUAUUCCUUCAAGCUUUCCUAUUUGACACACUUUAAUUUGUAAAGCAAACAUUUGAAAUAGUUCAAGAAUCUCAGUUGGUUUUCUACAUUUAAUGCCAUUAUGAGAAAUAAAAGCUUUUUAACUGUAUAAAAUGGGCCUAGAGAGGUGUAAUAAUAUUUUGGUGUCAUGCUGUGCUGGGCUUUCAGUGAGAUUACAUCAAUCCAGGUCAGCAGACUAACAGGUCAACGGUGGUUUUGAUUAUGCAAUGGAUCUUUUUCAUUAAUGAAAUUCCGCUUACUUUGCUCUGUAAUCAGCAGUAAAUGGGUCUUCACACACGUGUACAUCUACGUCACUUUUAAGUCUAAGGCCUGCUUUAGACUUCUGCAGGGACUCUUUACAGAGCCGACCACGUUUCCUGCAUUAUGUGUUAAUUACCGCAUGGUCGUGUCCCGGUGUUUUAUAUGUGCUGCCAGCCGAUAGAAACAAAUAAAAUGCUGGGAAUUUUUUUCCCCUCCUGGGUCCUU